ACCAUCGGUAUCCAUCGGUAUCCAUCACAUCCCUUUGCAUUUCCAAACUCAACCCCAAAAAAAAAAAAUCGGUGUCACUCCUGACACACGUUAAGACCAAAUUCCAAUGAGCAAUCAGUCCGCAUCCUCAUCCCAGUGCAGUGCAAAUUCAAUUGCUCAUUUCCAUUAAUUAAUUGAUUAAUUUCCCUCGGGCUGGAGUGCAGAGUGAUUUAUGCCGGUUCUUUUUUUUUUGUGACAAUAAAGCAGAAUUGGGAGAAUCGCCGUGAAAUAUUCUAGUCCCGGGGAAAAACCCAGGAAUGCCGAGUUUUCACUGACCUUUUUCUCAAAAUUCUUGGGAACAGACCGGGGAUUUUUCGAGGCACACGUGCUUGUCAUGCCGUCCUGGGGUGUCAAAUUAUCAUCACCAUUUUUUCACGAAUGAUAUACACUGGUGACAACAGUGCCGGAGGAGGCCGAGAACGGAUUCAGAAUGCCACGAGCUUCAAUGGUCCACAUGACAUCAACCGCAACUCGUCCACAACACCUGUCCCAGGUCCUAGCAACUCUUGCCCUAUCGAUGGGCACUUUAUCCUGCGGCCUGGCCAAGGGCUACACAUCCCCUGCACUAGACUCCAUCCUGGACUCGCAGCCGCAUCUGUAUCAAUCACCUCCGAACAAUACGUGGUGGGCGUUCUCAGUGACGAAGCAGGAAGUCUCCUGGGUGGCAUCCCUCUCGAUGCUGGGUGCCUGGUUCGGUGCAAUGAUUGGCGACUGGAUAAUGCGACGUGGACGUCGACUAGCCCUGAGACUUACAUCAUUGCCCUUAGCGGCUGUUUGGCUGUUAACCGGUAUUGCACCGUGCGUUGAGCUUGUCUUCACAACGAGCUUCAUCGGAGGCCUGUGCUGUGCAGUCAUCACAAUGGUAGCUCAGGUCUACAUAUCUGAGAUCUCUGUCCCCGGAAUCAGGGGCUGUUUAUCAGCAAUGCUCAAGGUCGUCGGUCACAUUGGUGUACUGUCAUCGUACAUUGCCGGCUCAUACCUCAAUUGGCGACAGAGUGCACUGGUUGUUGCAGUGGCCCCGACGAUGCUGUUCGUUGGCACUCUUUUUAUACCUGAAACCCCCUCAUAUCUUGUGCUGAACGGGAGGGACGAGGAGGCUGCGGGCAGUCUCAAAUGGCUACGUGGAUCCCAUGUCGAUAUAAAACAGGAAUUACAAGUUAUAAAGACAAAUGUACUUGCAUCACGCGCCAAACAAUACGAAUUGACAUUUCGCAACAGCGUUUUAACACCGAGACUGUACAAACCCAUCGCCAUAACGUGUGGCCUCAUGUUCUUCCAGAGAUUCUCCGGUGCUAAUGCAUUCAUAUAUUACGCUGUCAUUGUUUUUAGACAGACACUGGGUGACAUGAGCCCACACGGUGCCAUGAUAGCUGUUGGUUUCGUUCAGCUUCUAGCUUCAUUGCUAUCAGGAUUUCUCAUUGACAUCGUUGGACGUCUACCCCUGCUGAUAGCCAGUACAGUGUUCAUGUCCCUUGCACUAGCUGGUUUUGGCAGUUACGCAUAUUACAACUCAAUGUCGCAAAAUUUCACGUACAAUGAUCCAACGUUAAUGGGAAAACACGAUUGGAUACCACUGCUGUGUGUACUCGUCUUCACAACAGCCCUUGCAUUGGGCAUAUCGCCAAUUUCAUGGCUAUUGAUUGGUGAGCUAUUUCCCCUCGAGUAUCGUGGCCUUGGCUCCAGCAUCAGCACCAGUUUCAGUUACUUCUGUGCUUUUUUUGGGAUUAAACUCUUCAUGGAUUUCCAGCAGCUUCUCGGACUCCACGGUGCAUUCUGGUUUUACGCAGCAGUUGCUGUAUGCGGUUUAUGCUUCGUUGUUUGCUGUGUACCAGAAACAAAAGGCAAACAACUGGACGAAAUGAAUCCGGACUAUGCACAAGCACGGUAGUACAAGGCCUCCCUCACUGGAGGGCUUUCAAAUUUAGAAAAAUCCAACAAGCCAUUACCAAGUGGAGCAUAUCCAAACGAGCACGAUCCACGUAAUCUGUACGACGUUGACACCAGUCGAAUAUAUAAUCGUACUCGUACACUCCACGAUCACUUGGCCAGUGUCUUUCAAUCAAAACAGACUAAUCGCAAACCACUAGCCGAUUACUGCAGAAUAAUGAUGAAAAAAACUAGUCGCAUAAGCAAUCACAUCGGUGAAUUCAUCCAGUCCCACAGUUUUCUACAAAAUACCAAUGAUCGUCGAGCUAAUGACAGAGGAAAUGUGGGGAAUGCUCUGACUCAGGACAAUCACCAUGAGUUUGUCUGUUCGAGUGAAUUUCAAUUGGAGGAUCACUUCAGCUCUGUAAAUUACCUAAAGUCUGACAUGAGCGAGGAAAUGCAUGAGUACCAGGAGCAGGACCAGGAGAAUUGGUCGAGCGAGGCGACACUUUCAUAUCAUCGAAGUAUGCAUAUCGAUAAAUACGAGGGUAGCUCGAAUUAUCGGAUUGGAUCCGGUGAAACUAGACUGGUGAGAUGUGAUGCUGAGCGACGAAGGAAACGACGACGCUCGGCAACAGUACGAAACAGCCACUAUCAUCCUUUGAAUAUUGAUCAAAGGCUACACUCGAGCUUAUCACAAAGUAGAAUUAAGGAUUACUAUUCGAACCUGGAUGGGUCACCAGGUAGAAAGUAUCCAAGGAGCCUUGAGGAUCUCACAGAUUUGGAAAUGGAGAGAAUAUUGGAGAGAGAUACAACAUUUCAUAUCCCUAUUAGAGCCCUGAGAUCACAGGAAUCCAUGGUGGAGAGGUACAGAAAACGGUACGAGGAGAGUGCAGACGAGAGGGAUAAAAAUUAUUGGAGGCUGUAUCAGAGUUUAUCUAGAUUAGACAAGAUGAUGCCGAGGGAGAAGUAUCCACCUGGCAAAGUCCAUUAUGAGAGAGAAUAUAAGAUAUAUGGAAGAGAUACUGUUGCACUUAUUUAUUACAAAACGUGCUACUUGUGAUGCUUUAAUCGAAUCUUGACUAUUUUCAUGGUGGAUUGAAAGAGGAUGGAAAAUCGAUUGGAAUAUCGUGAGGACGCUGGACGCUCACCACACGCUGGCUCGUCCAUCUUUAUUUUUCGGUACAGAAUAUCAGAAAUUAUAUCACUUAUUAAUGCAAGUUGCAGCGAAGGGCUAAAUUUCUAUACAUCGUGCCUUCUCGCGACGAAGUACAUGAAAUACACGACAAUAUCACAUUUUAAAAGACAAUAUCAGGUCUCACUCAUUUGAUGAAUAUCAAUAUUGCUGGGUAGAUAUAUUCGAGGAGAAUAGAUGGACACUAUACUCUAUAUUCGACCACGAGACACGAAUCAAUGAUUAAUGAAUAGGUUAAAGUCUUCUACCAAGUCUCAAUUAUCGAGAUAAAAAUUUAUUGUGUGAAUGUAUCGAAAGACUAGGGUUGGACCACGAAAAAUAUUCGUAGAGAUGAUGAUAAUCAGACAGAUAUGUAUAUUCGUUCGCUAUUUUUAAUUCCGAUAGCUGUACUAAGGUAAGAAAAAUAAUAAUCGACAAUACGAAUCAUUGCCAAAUUUGGGAAGAUUAAAAUAUAUUAAUGACGAAUAAGUGGAUAGUGUAAUGGAUAAUGUAAUAUUUAAUGUACUUAGGGUGUUAUUAUUCACACCAUUCACUCGUUUCCUUACUUUUGUGAGAGCAAUUGAUAUAUUUAGAAUUAAUAAUAUUUUAGACUAAUGACAAUAAUGAACAACUUUCUCGACUUGAUUAUCGUAAUAAUGGAAUUAAUUAUUUGAGAUAAAUCAAAAAGGUAAAUAGGUUUUUACGGAUAUUUGGUAUCUAAAGUAAUGCUCAAAGGCUCUGAUGCCAUAUUUUUUAAGGGAUAACUGCUAUCGAGGGAAGACUAUUCGUUCAUUAUGUCCAGCUUUUUUGAAAUGUUCAAUCGAUAGAUUGUGUUGAUAUUGGUUGAGACGUUUCACCAUUAUUCAAAUAUAUUUCUCUUCAAAAUUAAUUGAUCACAGUCUAGGUCCAUCCAUUCUUGUACAAUAAGUAUUGAAACAAGAUAGACGGAGCUCACGGGUUGAAUGCAUGCAACUCCUCUCUAGAGGUUGACAAUUAUCCAUUAUUUAUCUCUUCUAAUGUACAAUAAAUUCAUAGAUAAAUAGUGAAAUCUGCACUGUGCACUUUGGCGAAUUGAACAUCCCAACGGUUAAUUGCAAAUCGAGGUGUGUAAUUUAGGCGUGUUUUUAAACAAUAUUGUACAAAAUUAGAUUAAUUUUUUCACGCCGGUAGGAGCAUAUGGCAUAAAUUGUAGGAAAUUCAAUAGCUAUUAUACAUAAAAAUGCAUUUUUUUAUUUUUAUUAUUUCUGCAACAAAGUGUUGAAGUGAUAAAAUAAAAAAUAUCAAGUAUUUGGACAAUAAAUAAGAAUAGAGAGGAUAAAAUUAGAAUAGAAUGCUGAAAACCCAGAGAGUAAUCGUGAGAAAUUAUUUUCGAAUUAAGAUUCAUCCAAUUUAUAAUUUUCUCAAGCUUCAAAUAAUUCCCAUGAGCAAUAUAAAAUUAAGGAAAAGCCGUAUUUAAUUCCUCAGCUUUACACCCAUUCGCAGAACGCCGAAGACGAUGUAAAACCUGUCAAUAUCGCAUUCUAAUACA